CCCUCGGCGGCGCACCCUGACAGGAGAAGCCGGCCAUGCAGGAGCCGCUGCUGGGAGCCGAGGCUCCGGACUAUGACACCUUCCCCGAGAAGCCACCCCCGUCACCAGGGGAGAGGACGCGGGUCGGGGCCCUGCAGAACAAGAGGGUGUUCCUAGCUACCUUCGCUGCUGUGCUGGGCAAUUUCAGCUUCGGGUAUGCCCUGGUCUACACGUCCCCUGUCAUCCCAGCCCUGGAGCACUCCUUGGAUCCAAACCUGAGUCUGACCAAAACCCAGGCAUCCUGGUUCGGGUCCGUGUUCACCUUGGGUGCGGCGGCCGGGGGCCUCAGUGCCAUGGUGCUCAACGACCUCCUGGGCCGGAAGCUCAGCAUCAUGUUCUCGGCUGUACCCUCGGCAGCGGGCUAUGCGCUCAUGGCGGGUGCCCACGGCCUCUGGAUGUUGCUCCUGGGGAGGACGCUGACGGGCUUCGCUGGGGGACUCACAGCUGCCUGCAUCCCGGUGUACGUAUCUGAGAUCGCUCCCGCAGGGGUCCGUGGGGCCCUGGGCGCCACACCGCAGCUCAUGGCAGUGUUCGGAUCGCUGUCCCUCUACGCCCUUGGCCUGCUGCUGCCGUGGCGCUGGCUGGCCGUGGCCGGGGAGGGGCCUGUGCUCGUCAUGAUCAUGCUGCUCAGCUUCAUGCCCAACUCACCUCGCUUCCUGCUCUCGAGGGGCAGGGACUCAGAGGCGCUGCAGGCACUGGCCUGGCUGCGAGGGGCUGACGCCGACAUCCGCUGGGAGUUCGAGCAGAUCCAGGACAACGUCCGGAGACAGAGCAGCCACCUGUCGUGGGCCGAGGCCCGGGACCCCCACAUGUACCGCCCCAUCGUCAUCGCCUUGCUGAUGCGCUUCCUGCAGCAACUGACGGGCAUCACGCCCAUCCUCGUCUACCUGCAGUCCAUCUUCGACAGCACCGCCGUCCUGCUGCCCCCUGAGGAUGACGCAGCCAUCGUGGGAGCUGUGCGGCUCCUGUCCGUGCUGAUCGCCGCCCUCACCAUGGACCUGGCUGGCCGCAAGGCUCUGCUCUUCGUCUCAGCGGCCAGCAUGUUUGCUGCCAACCUGACACUGGGGCUGUACGUCCAUUUCGGUCCAAAGCCUCUGACCCGCAACGGCACCAUGGGCCUGGAGAGUGUGCCCCUGGCGGGCACAGAGCAGCCCCUGGCCACGCCCACCAGCUACCUCACCCUGGUGCCCCUGCUGGCCACCAUGCUCUUCAUCAUGGGCUACGCCAUGGGCUGGGGGCCCAUCACCUGGCUCCUCAUGUCCGAGAUCCUGCCCCUGCGGGCCCGGGGCGUGGCCUCGGGGCUCUGCGUGCUGGUCAGCUGGCUCACCGCCUUUGCCCUCACCAAGUCCUUCCUGCUGGUGGUGAACGCCUUCGGCCUGCAGGUGCCUUUCUUCUUCUUUGCCGCUGUGUGCUCCGUGAACCUGGCCUUCACCGGCUGCUGUGUGCCCGAGACCAAGGGCCGGUCGCUGGAGCAGAUCGAGGCCUUCUUCCGCAGCGGGAGGAGGUCCUUCCUACGCUAGGGCGGGGCCCCCGCCGUUGAGGGCCAAACCACUGGGCGGUGGAGCUGUCGGGGCCCUAAACCUGCACCCCGCGUCCAGGAGGCAGUGGCAACCCGCCACCAGCCAGGCACAGGAGGACCGGCCAGAGGCCUCACGGCACGGCACACGCACCGGCUCUGGGCAGGCAGCACCCCGUCCAGCCUCGGCCCUGGCUCAGGUGGCCCCACUGUCACCCACUCAUCGGCCAGACCCACCGACGGAGGGGGCAGCCACACGGCCCCAGGGCCAAGGCCUUGUUGGCCGACCUCGGGCCUAGCGCUCACUCACGUGUGGAGGGCCACGCCGAGGACACACAGGGCUGCUGGCGGUGGAGUGGCUCCACACAGGGACGUCGGCCCUUCUCCUGCUCUGAUCACUUGGCGGCCAUUGAGCCUCUUGGCUUUGGGGACCAAGACAAGAAACUGGGCCUGUGAGGCCUAUGGACACCGCAGAGACCGUCCUGGACCCCCAAAGGCCAGGACCCAGCGUGGACACUCCCUCCUACACUCACCCGCCUUCUGGGAACAGGAAGCGCUCGAGUUCAAGCCAUGUU